AUGCAGUGAGCUAUGUGCUGCUCCAUGGGUAUACCGAAUGACGCAAUAUUCGGUUCUUGUCUUUUAAAGUAAAAAUACUUUGAGUAUGUGAGUCGUUAAAAUAUAGCGUUCUAGGGCAUGCCCGUUCUAGUAUUCUUCUCUGAACUAUUCCAAAUUCCAGCUCUGAUAGAAGUAUGGUGUAUCUGUGAAAAAUGUCUCUCCGACACGGCUUACAAACCAUAAUUCGUGUGGUGCGUCGACGGGUGCAGCAACAAGCACAGCAGCACGCCCACGGACAUGCAGGCCGGCAGAAGCCCGAUGUUGCGAUUCCAGAUCCCGCUCGACACUACAGUGCAAGACCCAAUGUUGUUGCAAGUCCAAAGAAGUCACAGAAUCUAGCAAACAGGGCUGCGCAAGUAUGGAGAUUAACACCGGCUUCGUUGCCUCGGAUCCCUCUUGCAAGUGGGAUUAGAAAUGUUCCAUUAUCAUCAAGACGUCCGGUGUUGCCAUUACUGCUUGGGUUUGCAGGAAUUGGAUUUGUCAACCAAGAACAAGUCCAAAAUUCUGGACAUGGUGAAGCUGCAAGGAAUUGCAUAGAUCUCGAUACAGCAAUAGAACUUGUGCAGUCCAUCUUCAAGAAUAAUAACAUUGAACCAGAAGAUGAUCACAUCCCAGACUACCCAUCCAAGCUGGCUGGUUAUACACUUUCAAAAACCAUCAUCGCCAAGGGAACGGAAGGGGUGGUCUUCGGUGCGAAGAAACAAGUUACCCAUCCUCCAUGUGAGGAAGAUGAAGAGUUUGCUGACCCCUCUAAUGGAAACCUCCCCGUGUCCAAUGAGUUAACAAAUGGAGGGGUUGGACAGCAGCAAAAUGAGGAGUUGCCUGUCUGUGAUGAUAAAGAGUGCAACCUAGCAUUAAAGAUGAUGUUUAAUUACAACGUGGGAUCCACUCCUGCUGAUGUCUUUGCAGAUUAUGAAGCGGAACGGCUCCCUCUGUUGAUGGCGAAAGGGUCAUUCUCUCGGUCUAACAGAUUCAAAGGUGAUACCAGCAGACCAAAGGAUAGCCUUCAUUCCAGUCACCCAAAUAUAGUUCUGAUGCACGAGGCAUUUGUGGAUGAUGUCCGUGUACCUUGUCUUGGCUCUGCAGUCUCUAUGUUUGACAUGGCUCUACCAGCAAGGCUCAAUCCGAUAGGGGCAGGGGCAGACAUCACCAUGUUCAUUGUCAUGAAAAGAUACAGGACUUCGUUGAGAGAUUACUUAGACGUGGAAUGUGGUCUUUCGGACCGAACUCUCAUGGUCAUCGUGGCACAGUUACUUGAAGCGGUCUGCUACCUUGGUAACCAGGGCGUUAUCCAUCGUGACCUCAAGAGCAACAACAUUCUCGUUGAUUACGAGGAAGUUUCUGGAGCAUCCCCUCAUGUUGUGGUAGCUGACUUUGGAUGCGCGCUUUCCCUGCGUGGACGAAAUCUGAUGGAUUCCGUGAGUGUCGAUGACAGGAAUAGGCAAGGCAAUUCAGCACUAAUGGCACCAGAGGUUAAAAAAGGAUACCGUGACAGUUGCCUCUGUUACCACGACUACCUUAAGGCAGAUGUUUGGGCAGUUGGAGCUAUCAUCUAUGAAGUUUGUGGUCAGAAAAACCCAUUUUACUGUGAUCGAUUGAACAACGAUGGUCAUGAAUCUGGCAAUCUUCCCCAACUGCAAAGUCAAGCUGUGGGACUGAAGAUAGUAACCGAACUUCUCUUAGAAAAAGAUCCAAAGCAACGACCAUCAGCUCAGGUAGCUGCAAACAUCCUGCAUCUGUUCCUGUGGCAACCAUCAGUUAGCAGUCUCGUCCGGCUUUGUCAAGGCCAGUCUUCUGUCAAUGACGAGCUGUCUGUCUGGAUUAUCAAGGUCUGUUUGCUGCAUCAGGUUGAAAAGGGGACAGCAUUGACACACCCUUUUAGGGGUCGUGGCCCCGGUGGUACGUGGGAAAGAGUUGAAGAGAAUCUUGUAGCGACGUUCUUGAAUCGUGUCGCUACAGAUAGUCUGAUCGAUGCCACACAACGCCUUGUUGAAAGGGUUCGACCUCGCUUCACUGCCAGAACUAUGGGAAUAGCGCAGCUGGCGGAUCUGAUGACAAGACAAUAUCACUACACUUUGGACUUGACCCCCGCCGCUGUUUGAGUUCUCAGGUGUUGUAAUUUUGAUGCCUCUCUCAAUGACAUCCGAAUCUUGUGCAUCUAACAUUAUACAAAUCCAGCAAUAUAUUUUGCCAGUAAUGAUGAUAAUAACAUUAGAAAUGUGUAAUAAUUUCUACUUUUUUCACUAUGUGUUUAACAAUGAAAUGUAUUGAAGAUAGCUUCCCACCAGGAGCUUUGUUGGAAGAUUAAUAUCAGAUUUGUUGUAAAAUUUGACAAAUUAACAAGUACAUUUAUGAGCUCUUAAAAGCAGCAAUCUUGACUGCAAUGACUGUAUAACCAUUUAUUAUUAGGCUCCGUAACACAAAGCAUAAUAAGUGAUCGUAUGCUUGAUUUUUAUGAUUGAUUGUACGUUGUAGUCAAUGCAAUC